CACCCAGAUCCGCCACUGAACUUACGAGAAAUAUACUGAAUUUAUCUACUGUAUUUGGUUUCAUGACAGAAAGAAUACGGUCAGUUGAUACGCAGACGACGUCUCCGAAAAAUCUAUUUAUGGCUGGUUCCGACACCAUCAUCUUUGGUGAGAUUGCUUUCCAGCUCGAACGAGUCGUUCUGUCAAGGGUCUUCCGAGGAGGCUCAAAGCAACUGACUGGUUACACUCUGUCGAACAUUGAAAAGAUGAUUCGAAGUCACUAUGAUUACCAUGAACGACCAAUGCUUCAGAGGCAGUUAGACGGGGUCAAAGGUGAAUUGCAGAUCUGUGGUUGGAAUCACGAGUUUCAUCCGAACCUUGUCGCUCAUCUCAUCAAGAAAUUUGGGACUUUCCCGACUAACGUCAGGGCAAAGAGUGCCGCUAGGAAAAGAGGUUGGCUCGAACCACAAGCACUAAAAGAAGAAGUUCUGUGGAGGAUUCCACAGAAAUAUAUCCAUGACAUGAUCAUCAUUCUCGACUGCCUCUUCUAUCUCAGCAAGAAAUAUGACAUCCCUCUCUUCACAUGGUGAGGUACUGGGUCAAAGUUCACCAGUCAAAGGGUGCAGAAUGUGACCAAUUAAAAUCUUUGGUCUGAUAGGAAUGUGAGAAGCAGAGCAGCAUGAAGAUGCAGAGUGACCACUCACAUACAGAAUCGAAGCUUAUGUAUAAAAAAUGUGACAUGGACGCCAAUAACUUCUUUAUGGCACUUUUAAUCAGAAAUGUAUCAAUGGCAUAUAGUCAUUUCAGUUAAAUCAAUCAGAAUUACAUACGUUAUCUAAAAAAAAUCACUUCGUAAAAGUUGUAAACAUGAUACAAAUUUAAUGGCAUCCUAAGAUGAGCCUUAAAAUUACCACAUAAAACUUUACAGCUGAACCAACCUCAACGUUUGAUUGAUACUAGUUACCUUUACAUGUACAUUUAUUGGAGAAAGUAUAUUGUUCCAGUAAAAUUGAAUUUAAUAUUUUAUGAACACCAAGCUGGACAUUUACCAAGAUGACACUCCAGAAAAUAUAAACAAUCCUGAUCAUCCCAUGUUGACCUACCCUCUCCCAAUAUUGCAAUUUCUGGAAGCUAGUUAUGGUCUACCAUAGUAAUACCACAAUUUUGGCAAAAUUAUUUUUCACUUACCUGUGAAAAUUGGUAAAGUCAGAAUUACUUCAUGUAGCUAAUACCUUGGCAAGGCAAUAUUUUUUAAAAUUGUUAUUUUCAUAUUUAAGUGAAUGAGAUGUAUAAGUGGUAAUUCAGUGCCAUGUUUGAUGACCAUAAUUACAAGCAAGUGAGUAUAAACAUGAUAAAUUUAAUUGAUGGUUUUUUGCAAAUUAAACCCAGGUUUAAAAAACUUCUAUGAAAUGCUAGGAUUUAUCUUCCUUCCUCGAUAUUCAUGGCAGUGACACAAUAUAAAAUGAUAGAAAUCCAUUGAAUACUCACAUCAUGUUUCUUCUACCAUCACUAAAAAAAUUUAAGCCUUUCACUUAAGGAUUAAGAUCAUUUGAACUUGGUAAAUGAUUUGGUAGCUAGCAUUCCAUACAAGUGUGAUCUCAGUUAACCCUGGAUACCAUUGCUAUGAACAUACUAGUGUGCCCAUGUUGAAUUCACAGAGGCUAUUCAAAACAGGAGUUAGGUUUAAACCUCCAUGGGUGGUAAACCUAAGUUUAGCCCUCGUCUAAACUAGAAUUUUAAACCACACUUCUAUGGAAUGCUGACUUCAUAAUACUUCUUCCACAUUAUAUUUUAUCAAUUAAUUCAUCAAAAUUCAUGAUAUUUUGCAUUUUCCUAUUCUUUCCAUUUCACAACUCAAAUUAAUUUUUUGACAACUAUUUCCAGCAGAACAAAUAACUUGGCAUUCCAUAAAAGUGUGGUCUAAGUAAACCCAGAUUUGACUAAACCAUGGCUAUCAGGCUUAAAUACUUAGCAGAAAUUUUGCUAAAAGACCUGGUGGAUGUUUCACAAAGAUUUAAGAGUGACUUAGAGUCGCACUUAAAUUCCCAGUUGCGUAAGGUAUAGAAGACAUCACCACAUUGGUCAGAUCAUGCGCACAGGACACGUACUACCGCAUAUCCAUCAAUCAGAUUGUAUGUUACAUAUCAUGUGUGUGUCGGCAUUGAAGUGCGACUCUAAAG